CGAACAUUUUAUUCGGGUCAUUCUAUCACAUUGAUCAGUCAGUGUAUUGAAUCUUCAAUUUUGUUUUAUCAUCAUAUUGUAUCUGGUUUAACGAAACAAUUCACGAAAUCAUCGGUAUUCUGUUUUUCUUGUUGUUGAUCUGAUUUUGAUCAAUCAUCAAUUAAUAAAGAAUAAGAAUGGGUAUCACUGUUCAUGGAUUUAAUGCUUGCUGGAUCUUAUUGAUCAUUGGAUUAUCAUCAUUAUCGAUUGAUGCACGAAGCCGUUCCCCACGAUCACAGUCGACUUUAUGCCGACCAGAUCAGGUGUAUGAAUCAAAUUUGAAAAAAUGUAUUCGUUUAAAGAAUUCAAUCUCUGUAUUGGUCAAAGAUAUUGUUGACAAUAGUGAUACAUCUUUACCGUUUUUGCAUUAUAAUCCGGAUGCAACGAAUCAAAUGAAUAUAACCGUACCAAAUGAAGUUCAUGUUUCAGAUUUGUUCAUUCAAAAUCUUGCGUUCAUCAAUGAAGCCAAUAUGACAAAUUGUCUUGCUAUGUCUGCCUGUAAUGAACAUUGUUAUUCAUGGCCCGAAAGAACGGCUGAACAAAAAAGCCGCGAAAAAACUGUUAUCGAUCAAUUUAUAUCUACAAUGGAAACAACGAACAAAAAAGAGGAAGAUGAUGAAACACCCGAUUUCGUUAAGGUCAUCAUGCAAGCAUCUAAGAAAGGUAUCGAUUUCGCUCGUAAUGCAAAAGCUAACAGUGGUAAAGGUCUUCGAUCAGCUUGUCUAAAUUGUCAAAAUCAAUAUUCAGCAUCAUGUCCACCAUUGAAUUAUGCUUACACUGUUCGAAUCAAUGCUUUGUAUCGAAAAUUGAUCGAAUCAAAUGUUUCAUUCGUUGAUUUAACACCAAAAUUACCUCAAAAUCUUAGUCCAGAAAUGUUAUACUAUCACUAUUCAAUGCAUUUUGUCGAACGUGCCAAUCUGACAAGUUGUUAUUCAUUGGUAAGCUGCGAAAAUACUUGCCAAUUGUAUUCAAUGACCAUUACUGAAUUGGGCAUGAACAUGGUCGAACCACCGGCAUCUGAAUCAACAUUAAUGAAAGGUGAUCCAAAUAAAUCCAAAUCAAUCGAUAUAAUUCAUAAUGCAGCAAUUGCUGGUUAUAAAAUGGCAUCAACACCCGAAAAUGAAUGUCAUCAAUGUCGACAACAAUUUCCCGAUUGUACUGAUGAUAAAUAUGAAAUUGCUAAGGCUAGUGCUGCCAUCUUUGGAAAUUAAAUUAUUUCAAUUUUGAAAAAAAAUUCAUUUUAAAUUCGAAAAAAAA